ACUGGUUGUUCGAGGAUUUGAUCAACGUGAAGGUACUGACUUUAAUGAGAUUUUCUCCCCAGUUGUACGUCAUACCUCUAUAUGUAUGUUGCUUGCUUUAGUUGCUUUAUAUGACCUGGAAUUAGAGCAACUUGAUGUAAAAACUGCAUUUCUAUAUGAAGAUCUUGAAGAGGAGCUUUACAUGUAUCAACCCGAGGGGUUUGAAGUUCCUGGGAAAGAACACCGUGUUUGCCGUUUGAAAAAAUCUCUAUACGGGCUGAAACAAGCACCUAGGAAAUGGUACAAGCGCUUUGAUGCUUUUAUGACUAGACAAGGCUUCUCAAGAAGCAAAUAUGACAGUUGUGUCUAUUUCAAAAGAAAUUCUAAUGGGUCUUUUAUCUAUUUAUUGCUUUAUGUUAAUGAUAUGCUCAUUGCUUCUCCUGACAUGUCUCUUGUAAAUAAGUUGAAGUCUCAACUAAGCAAUGAGUUUGAGAUGAAAGAUCUAGGUGCAGCCAAGAAGAUUCUUGGUAUGGAGAUACACAGGGAUCGUCAAGCCGGUAAACUUUAUUUAUCCCAGAAAAAGUAUAUUGAGAAGAUGCUUAAUCGAUUCAAUAUGUCCAACUGUAAAUCUGUGUCUACCCCACUUGGCGCACAUUUCAAGUUGUCUUCUGAUUCAUGUCCUAAAACAGAUGCAGAUUUGAUUUAUAUGAAAAAUGUUCCAUACUCUAGUGCAGUUGGGAGUCUUAUGUAUGCUAUGGUAUGCACCAGACCAGAUUUGGCUUAUGCAGUGAGUGUUGUAAGCCGAUAUAUGCACAACCCUGGUAAGGAACAUUGGAGCGCCGUAAAAUGGAUUUUACGGUACUUAAAGGGUGCUUCUUCUUUGGGCUUGGUUUUUAAUCGAAAUGCUUCUGUGUCUACUGACAUCGUGGGCUUUGUAGAUUCUGAUUAUGGUGGUGAUCUUGACAGACGUCGCUCAUUAUCCAGUUAUAUUUUCACUCUUUGUAAUUGUGCUAUCAGUUGGAAAGCUACGCUCCAGUCUAUCGCUACAUUAUCAACGACUGAGGCGGAAUAUAUUGCAGCAACAGAGGGUGUCAAAGAAGCUACAUGGCUACGAGGUUUGGCUACGGAGCUUGGUGCUACACAAGGUCAGACCAUUGUGUUUUCAGAUAGUCAAAGUGUUAUCCAUCUCACCAAGAAUGAUACAUACCAUGCCAAAACCAAGCACAUCGAUGUCAAAUACCAUUUCAUUCGUGAUAUUGUAGCUGCGGGAAAUAUAGUUGUUCAGAAUAUUCAUACACUGGAGAAUCUAGCAGACUUGCUAACCAAGCCCGUUCCUAUUGCAAAGUUUAAGCAAUGUUUAAGCUUAGUUGCUUGUUCCAGUUAUUAGCUUCUGGUGUUUUUUGCUUGUUUUUUGUCCAAGGUGGAGAUUGUUAAAAUAAUAAGUGGCCCAAAAGUAGUUAGGACUUUUUCAACUCCACUCACCUGCACUUCCGUAAUGGUCUCUACCCAUUACUGCUAUUUUUUUGCUGUGCCAUGUAUUUUCAGUUUUAUCUCUUCGUUUGCUUGUAUAAAUAGGCUCUGCAAUUUAAUGCCUUGUAUAGAAAAAAAAAACAUUACUCAUCAAUACAGUAUUAUCUCUUCCCUGCAACUUACAUAUUUCCCUUUUAUUAGCUUUAAACUUCUCUGUAAUUCUCAAUUCUCUGUUAUUGGCUUCCGCUUUAAUCAGCUAAAUACCUAACAAAUAAGAUUAAAGUUAUAAUCUCCAUCUCCCAACCCUACCAACUCAUGCCCUCAUGAAAGUGGGAUUCAUGAACCCCUUACCUGUAAUUGUUUAUUGCCCAAGUCAGGGUCCGGCCCAUUCACCCCUUCUUUACCAGACGUACGUCCAGUCAGGCCACUGGACUAGCCUAGCAAGCCCAUGUCCUCCAGAAGGGACGAACGUCUGCAGUAGGGGGUUAGGCUCAGCGGCCCAUCUCGACGAACGUCUAUGCAGGGACAAGGAGCAGGCCCUCGGGUCACCAGAAUGACGACGAACGUCGUCAGAGCAAGCCCAUAGCCAUCGGAGACGGUCUAGCCCGCAUGGCGAGAAUCCACAAAGGCCAGGGGACGAACGACCGUUUACCCUUGGAGGCCAGCUGGAGCAAUCCAGCUCGCUCCCCUGGCGGACGAACGUCCCCACCAAUUAGGCGGGAAGCCUAGAUUCUGGCGGGAAGUGCAUUUAAUGCUGAAGAUUUGGUGGUUGAGACACCCGCGGACCACAGGCUUCCACGUCAGUAUAGCCACCUGCCCAUUGGUGGGUAUAAAUAGAAGCAUUUAUUUCAUUGUAAAGGGUUGGCAACUUUCUACUCUUAGCACUUUAGCUAUAACAUUCUUACUCGUAGCACUUCUACUGCUUGUAAGACGAACGGCCGACGGAGCCUUAGAGAGAAGUAUUGUAUUAGGGAGUUAUUAAUAGAUAAUAAUACCUAAUCACUUACUUGCUACCUUGUUGUUUCUUGACUCAUCUCGUUUGUUAGUUGGGCUAGUUUACUCACACAUCCUCCACUCGAAAUCCU